AUUAACUUGAAAUUUUUCCUAUAUCAUGUUUAUUAUGUUUAAUAAGAAAGAUACUCAAAGAGAAAUUCAGUUGUGCAAAUCAAGUAGCUAUGCAUGAGAACAAUUUAUCUAAGCGUACAGGAAGUAUAUGCUCGAAUUCUGAGAAUUUAAACAACAAUAACAUCAACAACAAUAAUGCUCCUCGUAGACUACCACGUCGUACUUCAGUGACACCGAUUGCACAAAAAUCAUCAAGAGCUGCUUCAUUAAGUGGAAAAUCCUUGUAUACCGGUAGUGGUGGUGGGGGUAACAGCAGCAAUAAUACUCCUCAUUCUACUAUUCAUUCUUCCAAUGAAUCCUCCAAUAUCUUUUCACCAUCCGACAAACUACGUCGUAUGUCUAUGCUAUUCAGUAUUGAUCGUGUUAAAACACGUGAAGUGAUAAUGGCCGCAUUGGAAGAUCCAGCGAGAACAGAAUUUAAACGACUUAAGCUAGAGAAUGAAUGUCUGACAAGUGAAUGGAAACAAAUUCGUAAAAUAUUAGAACAACUGCAAACAGAUUAUGAAACAAGUCGUCCACUGGAUCCAUUAAGACGGUAUAAAAGCCUGCAGGGGAUGAUAAAACGUAUUGUUAUGCAUAUACGUAUUAAUGAACCUGGAUCAGUUAGUAAAUUAUCAGGUUAUUCGAGUAGUUCAAAUAGUGAAUUACCACUACAAGGUGAUGUAUUGCAGAGUGAGGCAAAAACCAAAGAAAUGGAAAAGCGUAUUGGACAAAUUUGUGAAAAUUAUACCGUUGAAGAGUUAACUAUACAAAAUCGACGUUUACGUGAAUCCAAUGAACGUUUAGAAAAUCGAUUACAGUUGAUUGUACAAACAGUGAAUGAAUUAGACUUGCUAUAUCAUUCAAGUAAAAGUGAAGGUUUUCUCAAAAGGUAUACAUCAUUAAAAGACGCUGUAAAACGUAUUACAACAGAUGAAGAAUUAUACGAGAAUCCUUGAAGACUAAAAUACAUCAAGUUCUCUUUCACUCACAACGUCUAUCGUGUGUUUCUGUACAGACACAUUCAAGAAGUCAUUCCAUAUAUAAGAAGAGUGAAGGUGAAGAGUGUUCCUUUCUGUCUCUACCCCCACCCAACCCCACUCCAUCCCCAUUUCUCUCUCUGCCUCUUCCUUUCAUGAUUUUCCAUUCGCACAAACAACAUUGGAAAAGAAGGACUUUGGAAUUAGUACAUAGAGAAGUCAAUUGAGGCUGAGAAUAUGCUAGAAAGGAUGACCUUGCGUAAAUACCAAUACUGAAUUCUGGUGCUGUUUUUCUUGCUUGUUAUUUUUUUUUUGCCAAUAUUUGACAAUUCCUCAUUUCAAAUUUUCAUUGAACAAAUACAUAAAUAAUUAAAUAAUUAAACAAAUAAGAUAUUCAUAGAAUAGAUGUUUUAUUAAAUAUAGUACUUACAAGCUUAAAUUCAAUUAUAAAUAUAUUUGCAAAAUAUACUACUGAUAUCAUUAUUAUGCUUGUUGUCGGUAAUAUUGUUCCAUUUCUGAGUUGAAAUAUCUUCAACAUAACUCACAACGACACUUUAGAUGUUUAUUUUAUUUAUUUCAAUUUCAGUUUAAUUUUCUGCAUGUGAGUGUGUGUGUUUGUGUGCGUGUGUGGAUGUUCUUGUAUUUGAGAAGAAAUAGAAUUUUUCAGAAAAGAUUGAAAGAUUAAAAAAAUAUAUUGAAAUAUUAUUUUUAUCUCUAAAAAUUUUGGUGAAUUCUUACUAUUUUAC